CCCGCGAUGUUUCUCCAUCACUAUUUCGUUUCUUCGCACGUGUGCGCGCGUUGUUUCGUUCACGCCGCAAUUAUUAUUAAUAAUUAGGAAAUAUGAGCCACUUUCAGGCCACAAAUGUGCGACGCUUUCAACAAAAAGCCCAGGUUGUCACACCCGACACAACAUACUGGGAUCGGUUAGGGAAACCGGAGCUUCUGAAGGAACAUUCCACCAUUGACUAUGUGGACUUCAGUCCUAGUGAUCCCGAUAACUUUGUGCUAACGUGUUCGGUGCGUGUGCAAAUCUACAAUCUGGUCACCAAGCUGGUGGUCAAGAAUCUGUCACGUUUCCAAAAGACCGCCUAUGGAGCAUCGUUUCGUCAAGACGGUCGCUUGCUGGCUGCCGGCGACGAGGAGGGACACGUCAAGCUCUUCGACACGACCAGCCGUAACAUCUUGCGUCUAUUCAAGGGUCACACAGCGCCGGUGCAUCGGACAUUCUUCACCGCCGACAAAUUGCAGUUGGCAAGCUUUGCGGAUGACAAAUCGGUGCGACUGUGGGAUGUGGCCAACGAGAAGGUGGUGAAGACCUAUGACGAUGUGCACACAGAUUACAUACGCGCCGGUGCGAUGCAUCCGCAAGCCAGUCAUCUCUUUGUUUCCGGCGGCUACGAUGGCAAAAUCAAUGUCUACGACACACGCACUGAGGACGCGAUCACGAGCACCUUGGAUCAUGGCAGUCCCGUUGAAUCAAUGCUGUUCCUGCCCAAUGGCUCCAUCUUUAUCACCGCCGGCGGCACACAGGUGCGUGUUUGGGACAUGAUCAGCGGCUGCCGACUGCUCACCACGAUGUCGCAGCAUCACAAAACUGUCACCUGUUUGCGUCUGGGUUCGGAUGGCAAACGCUUGUUCUCGGGCGGUUUGGAUCGCCAUGUUAAGAUCUAUGAUGUGAGCACGUACAAAACGGUUCAUACGAUAACCUAUCCCAAUGCCGUUGUCAGUCUGGGUGUGGCCGCCAAGGAUCAAGCGGUUGUUGUGGGCAUGGUCGAUGGUCUGGUGUCCAUACGUCGCAUGGUCGAUGACAGCAGCAAGUCCAGCCAGCUGACGACCAACAAGUUUGCCCAGCGGCGGAGACAACGGCUCAAACAGCGUAUGGCGCCGCCCAACAACACCGAGCCAGUGGAUCAUGUGGUGCGCCAUGGUCGACAUCGUUUGGCACAGCGCGUCUUUGAUAAACAUUUGCGACAAUUCAAUUAUAUUGAGGCACUCGACGCGGUGCUCAUACCCCUGUACAUUGACCAGCAACCGGAGAUGGUUGUGGCGCUAAUCAAUGAGCUGUUGCAUCGCAAGGGUUUGCAGCGGGCGCUGGUCAAUCGGUCGGAGGAGUCGACCAUACGAUUCAUUAAAUUCCUGUCCAUGCACAUUGGCGAGGUGCGUUUCAUGCGUGUCCUCUUAAAUGCGGCCUCCAAUGUGCUGGAUGUGUUUGAGAAAACAACGUUUGGCUACAGCAACAAUUUAUUUAAUGCCCUCGUGGAGCUGCGUCGUGUGAUGAAGGCAGAGAUUCGUUUGACCACCGAUUUGUUGCAGCUGAAAGGUGCACUCGAGAUGAUCAUCGGCGGGGCGUUGGACAACAAUGAGGCAACAGAGACGAAGAUCAGCUAUGUGCAAUCAAAGACGACCAAAAUGCUGCCGUCCAAGGCUGCCGCGAACUAUGUGGUAAUUGUCGAUUAAUCGAUCGCAAUGCGAUCGCUGAUCGAUGAUAGUGGAUCUAGAUUUGGUGGCGCGCUCCUCGCUUGAAGAACUCGAUCUAUUGACCAGGCCCCAAAGCGACCAAAAAGCAUUUUGGGAGCUAAGUCACGAUGUCCGAGAGCUGUUGCUGGUGUUUUAAUAAUCGUUGUGAUCGAUACGUUUAGUUGUAAGAACAUUUCUCCAAAACUUGGCAUCUUUUGCGAUUUACAAUACGACUUGCAAAUUGUACAAAAUUCACAUAGUU